AAACAAUAGGUUCUAUUAUGCUGCUCUUCAGACUUGACGGAGAAAUUUGCAUCGGAAGGCUCUGAAGCUGUCCGGAAGUUGAAAAUUUGCUCGGACCACUUCCAUUCCUCUUCGUUUCGAAGCUAUUUGAUGCCGGACAAAGGGUUGAAAGAUGAUGCUAUUCCAUCUGUAGUCUACAGUCACGUGAAUCCAACUAGUACAUCAGAUGAGUCGGUAAAUAUUCCGGACGAAUAUGAGGAGAUAGAAUAUUUGGAUGAAUCGAUGGAAUCCUUAUAUGAAGACAUAGAAUAUCUUGAGGAUGUCGAUAUGGAAGGUGAUCGAACGGAUGACACCUUAUGUAGCUUCAAUGCAUUGAACCACGAAUCAUUUACCGAUUUAGAAAUGGAAAUUUUGGAUUACGAGUCGUAUGAACAUAAGUUUGAGGUCUCUGCGGAACAAAAUUUGAGUGUCUCCGUAUCAGAUGGAAAUACUGAGUACCACAGAAACGACAAUGAUGCUUAUCUUCCGUCGAAUGAUGACAGCGUAAGGACACUUGAUCAGAGCACCGAAACAAAACUGACCAUUGAUUAUAAAUCAUUGUAUGAAAAGGAAAAGGAAACGAACAUCCUGUUGCACAGCUCAACGGAUAGCAUGAAACAAGUUCUCCGAAAAAGCAAUCGUAAAAGUGCAUGGCGGCUUAAAUCGAAUAAGCCAUUUUACGAGACGUUCGAUUGA